UGACAUUCAUGAAAUGUCAAGCGGAAAAAACAAAACUUUUCCUAUUCUUGUUGUACGGAUCUGCUGCGUUUUGGGUGGUGCGUUUUAUCGAAAUUCUACAUCACUUUAAUUCAACAUGGAAACACCGGAAGUUCAUAUCGAUGUGAGCGGUGAUAUGGAGACACCAAAACAGGAAGCCAAGUCUGGAUUCAAUUUGGCCUCGUUUUCCAAUUUCUCCACCCGUAUUCCGAGCCCGUGGGAGCUGCUGCGGCUAAGCCGGCAAAACAUUCGUCCCUGGUCGGAAUUCUUACAAACAUCUAACUUUAAAACGGUGGCAAACGUAUCCCGGUUGACGAACCGUAUUAUUCGCAAUUUGGCCUACUUCCAAAGCAACUAUCUGUUUGUGUUUCUUGGGUUGAUCGUUUACUGUUUGUUGACCUCUCCGCUCAUCCUGAUAGUGCUGGGUGCUGUAUUUUAUGCUUGCUACAAAAUCAAGCAGAACAGCACACCUGUAGCCUUCUUCAGCAAGCAGUUGAACACGAACCAGCAGUGCAUUGCGGUCGGGGUUGCGUCCGUCCCCGUGCUCUAUUUGGCCGGGGCUGGUGCCGUCAUGUUCUGGGUGCUGGGUGCUUCAUUCUUUGUGAUAUCACUUCACGCGGCCUUCUAUAAUAUCGACGCAAUAGUUACUGAGGACAUGGAAACAUUCCUGACCGAAACGGUGUAAUGGGCAUACAUGGCCGAGAUUUUCAAAAUUGACUGUGAGUUCUUGCGCUCUUGGCUAAUGUCGUAACAAAUUGUACAGAACGAUUAGAUUUGAAAAAUCAAUCCCCUUUCCAUAGCGAUGCUUAUGGUAAACGAAAUCAAAGAACCUACCUACAUCAAUUAAAAACGAACCUAAUAUUGGAAUAUUUACUAUACCUUUUCUAUGAAACGCUAUUGCAGUUAACGAAAAUUGCAAUUUGUCAGGUGGUAAAAAAUUACUAAAAAGAACUCGUACACCAAAACUAUAAGAUCAUUUUUUAGAAUGAAGCUCUAGGUUAGCAUGGCGGAUUCGCUUAGAUUAAAUUACAUCACCGAAACAGAUCCUUUACAAUAAGCUUUCUUUGGUUUUGUUACGAAUCUUCUUUGCUUUUUGAUUAAUGGACUGGAAUAAUGCUACACCCCCGGGUCGGCCCCUUAAUUUAUUUUCUCAACGAGCUAGCUUUGACGAUGCUAAAAUGUUAGAGAUUAAAAACAACAUUUAUUUCAACAAUUUCUCACAUAGUUUACAAUAAAAUGAAGUUUUUUCUGUUUCGAAUGAACGAACUGCAUCUGAAA